AUGCUGCUGAUGGCGCCGUACCUGCUGAACCGGCAUCCAGAUGUGGGACGGAGACAGAUCUUCCAUGCGGCAGCGGGUGCCAGUGCGUUGGCGGGGCUUGGGCAGGUGCUCUUCUUAGUGCUCAACCAGCCAGCUGUGGUGCACUUCUACAUCUUGCCCAAUAUCAUGGUGAUGGACCUGUUCAACGGCAUGCAGAGUCCCUUCGUGGCAAUGCAUAUGCUCGUGCACACCUGUGAGCUGCCCUGUAUGUUCUACAUGUUAGGCCGCCUCGCGGGUCGGAGGAUGAGGGAGCAUGUUGAUGGAUACCUGUCUAUCGGCGUCUAUGGUGUGUUCGCCGCUCUAUCCGCCGCCACUCCGGUCGCCUUUGUGAGAUGGCCCCUGUUCGUGGCCAGCACCAUGUGCAUCCGACAAAUCUACGUCUCCUUUCAGGACCUUGAGAAUGGCGUUGAAACCCUUUAUCCGGCCUAUCCCAUGAGCAAAUUCUGGUCGCAAAGGCACAAACGUUGCCUUGACCUGUUGUUCUGCUGUGUUUUUCUGCAUCCCAUUGUGCAGUCCGUGGGCUAUUCGGGCUAUUUUUCACAAGCCAGCCAGAUGUGCACCUAUGCGUUGAUGGACCUCUUCAUGUCGUCGCUGCUGGCGCUGGUCAUUGUGAGGGAUGAGACGCACGUCUCGAAAGCUGAGGUCUUCAUGGCUGCGAAGGAGCGGCAGGGGGCGCUGCAGGACGAGGAGGAGGACGGUGAUUAG